AUGUCAAACAGAAACACAGGAAAUAAAAGAGACCAACUGCUGCAAGAUGUUGAUAAUCUAGUGCCUCCACAGCAAUGCCUGAAUUUGAAUCUUCUUGUGACUGGAAUUAUUGGGUCUGGAAAAUCAUCACUUGUAAACACCUUGAAAACAGUAUUAAGGAAUUCUGGAGAAAUAACAAAUAUAGCUACGACAUACGGACAACAUAUGGAUUCAACGACAUUGAAGUUUCAAGGAAAUCAAAACAUUGGACAAAACCACCAACUUUACAGGGCUAAUCCUACAUUUGAUCAAAAAAUGCACUGCGUCAUAUUUGUUGUUGAUGCCAGUUCCAUUACUGAAAUACACGAGCAAGAUAUGCAGAAAUUGGCAGAAAUAAGAGAACAUAUUGGAUCAGAAAAUAUCCCUCUUAGGCUGAUUUUAACAAAGGUUGACGAACUUGAUCUCUACAGUUUUGGUGAUCUGAGCAGUGUGUUUAGAAGCAGACAUGCAAAGCAAAAGUUUGAUGCAGCAAAACGAAAAUUUACUUUGCAAGACAACCAAGUACGUCCAAUUGCAAACUACGUUACAGGACCUAACCAAAACCUGGCACAAGAUAUACUGGCACUCAUAGCAGUGAAAAAUAUUCUUGAAGAAGCUUUGGUAUACAUUGGGAAUAAUACAUAAUAUACACAAAGCAGCAAUUGCGGGCGACGUUAUUCUGGAUUUUGAAA